UUGACGGAGCUCACCUGGGAUAGAGCUCAAUUCACUGGGGCAGAAUUCACUUGAGAUAGAGCUCCAUUGAAGGAGCUCAUGUGGGUCAGAGCUCACCUGGAAUAGAACUCAAUUGACGGUUCACCUGGGAGAGAGUUCACAUACAGAGCACACCUGAGAUAGAGCUCAAUUGAAGGAGCUUACCUGGGUCAGAACUCAAUUGACGGAGCUCACCUGGGGCAGAGCUCACCUGAGGUAGAGCUCAAUUGAUGGAACUCACCUGGAAUAGAGCUCAAUUUAUAGCUCACUUGAGAUAGAGCUCAAUUGAAGGAGCUCACCUGGGGCAGAGCUCACCUGAGAUAGAGGUCAAUUGAUGGAGCUCACCUAGGAUAGAGCUCCAUUGACAGCUUACCUGGGAUAGAGCUCCAUUGACAGCUUACCUGGGGCAGAGCUCUAUUGACAGAGCUCACCUGGGCUAGAACCUGACAGCUCACCUGGGAGAGAGUUCACCUGAGAUAGAGCUCAAUUGAAGGAGCUUACCUGGGGCAGAGCUGACCUGAGAUACUCAAUUGAUAGCUCACCUAGGAUAGAGCUCAAUUGACAGAACUCACCUGGGAUAGGUGAGCUCAAUUGACAGCUUACCUGGACAGAUCUCGCAGACAGAGCUCACCUGGAACAGAGCUCACCUGAGAGAGCUCUCAAUUGAUAGCUUACCUGGGCUACAGCUCAAUUGACAGACUUAUUAUGAGACGAAGCUCAGUUGAUGAAGCUUACCUGUGAUAGGACUGACCUGGGACAGAGAUCAAUUGACAGCUUACCUGGGACAGAGCUCACCUGAGACAGAGCUCAAUUGACAGGUUACCUGGGACAGCUCACCUAAGACAGAGCUCAAUUGAUAUCUUACCUGGGCUACAACUCAGUUGACAGAGCAUACCUGUGAUGGGACUCACCUGGGACAGAGCUCAAUUGACAGCUUACCUGGAAGUCGUGUGAGACACACCUAGGCCAGGUAAGCCUUAAGGAAAUGGACCUGCCAGGCUCUUGGCGCUACGGCCUGCUGUUGGGCGCCUACCUGCUGUACCUGUUGCUGGGGGCGGCCGUUUUCUCGGCCCUGGAGGCCCCCCCAGAGAGAGCCCUCCUAGCCCACCUGCAGCAAGCGCACCUCCACCUGUUGGAUCAGCACCAGGACUGCCUAUCAGAGGAGCAGCUGGCCCCACUGCUGGAGAGGCUCCUGGAGGCCGGCGGGUACGGCGUCUCCGGCCUGGGCAACGUCUCCGGAGACCCCAACUGGGAGUUCACCUCUGCACUGUUCUUUGCCGCCAGCGUCCUCACCACCACAGGUUACGGCCACACAGUGCCCCUCUCCGCGUGGGGCAAGAUAUUCUGCAUCCUCUACUCCUUGGUGGGCAUCCCCUUGACCCUCCUCUUCCUGGCCCUUCUGCUCCAUCAUUUGCUGCCCGUCGUGAGUGACCGGCCCGUGCAAUACAUCCACCGCCGAUGGGGUUUACCCUUGGCCCACGUGGCAUUGGCCCACGCCAUGGCCCUGGGGCUGCUGACCGUGGGGCUCUUCGUCCUCGUCCCGGCCAUCUGCUUCUGGGCGUUAGAGGGUGGAUGGACCUUCUUGGAGUCGGUGUAUUUCUGCUUCAUCUCGCUCAGCACCAUCGGCUUAGGGGACUACAUGCCGCAAGGGAGCGCUCAAUGGCCGUUGCAUGAACUCUAUGAGCUCAGCAUCACCGUUUACCUACUGGUAGGCUUGCUGGCCGUGCUGGUGGCUCUGGAGACGGCGCACCGGCUGCAGGAAGUCCGGGCAUUUGUCCGGUUCUUCGCAACCGCCUCCGGUUCCUGUAUCCCGGAAGACGACGACCGCCUCGAAAUCAUGAGCCGGGACCAACUGGCCUUGAGUACUGUGUCUGGAAGCACGUGACUCGAAUUUCCGUCAAAUCCUUCCCUAUCACGGUCUUUUAUGGGGCUGAGAGUGUGUCACCUAUUGGGUUUCAUGGCCAAGUGGAGAUCCGAAUUCGGGUAUCCAGAGUCAUAACCCAACUUUCAGGUUCCUAUAUCUUGCUAACUUCAAUGCAGAUCAUAUCCUCGUCUUUUUGGCAAUACGUCGAUGGUUAUUUGUUUUUCUGAGCAAGCGUUCUUAAUAAAUGAUCCCUGUGUUUGCUUUUGGGGAGUGUUGUGUUGACAUUU